CAGGUCUCUAGGGCAAGCCGGCUUUCAAACAUUGGGUCUCAGCAGCUCUGAGGUCGUUUCUGGCUGAGGAUGCUCCACCCGUCUCCGUCGCAUGCAAAGCCCAAAUGUGGACUCUGAACCCAGCCCUUUGUCUAGUUUGCUUUUUCCCUUGUACUCUGACUUCCCACCAUCUAGUUUCUCGGGCCUCUGGGUCCCUCCUAAGCCACCUGCGUGCACGAUUAAUUCACAAGAAGCAGGUGCGGGCUGGCGGGAGCCCAGUGCCUGGUCACGCUGGGCGCCACGGAAACUACAACUCCCAUCAGGCCCCGCGGCCGCCGGGCCCCACCCCGCCACCGGCUCAGCCCGCGGCGGAGGCGCUGGGCUUUCAUCCGCGGAGCGGCGGGAGCUCGACGUGUCGGCGCGGACCUCUCCGACGGCCGCGGGGUCGGCAGCAUCCUCAGCCGCGCUCAGCUUCUGCGUCCGCGUCCGCGGGAGGAUGGUGGUCCGCGUGUUCGUCGCCUCGUCCUCGGGCUUCGUGGCGAUCAAGAAGAAGCAGCAGGAUGUGGUUAGAUUUCUGGAAGCCAACAAGAUAGAGUUCGAGGAGGUGGACAUCACCAUGUCAGAAGAACAGAGGCAGUGGAUGUACAAAAACAUCCCCCCUGAGAAGAAGCCUUCACAGGGCAACCCUCUGCCACCUCAGAUAUUUAACGGCGACCGAUACUGUGGAGACUAUGACAGUUUUUUUGAAUCAAAAGAGAGCAACACAGUCUUCUCCUUCUUGGGCCUGAAGCCUCGGCCAGCGUCCACGGCUGAACCUUAGAGAUGAAGAGUAGAAGGUGAUGGAGUUGCAUUUUGGAGCACCCCGGUACUCGACACAUACCUGCUUACCUGAUGCAUCACUGUGACAAAGCCACAUGCACAAUCGGCCACUUCGCUUGACCCGGAGAAGGGGUUUUUGGAGGACCUGGGAAUAAUGGGGACUGCAUGAUUGUUCUAAGCUAAUCAGGGCUCUGGUGGUGGAUUGUCUUGUUUUCUCGUUUGCUUGUGGUUGCCUCGCUCACAGACAGGAAGUACUGUCUGUCCCCUGUUGUAGUCUGCGUCCUUAAUGACUGGCGGAUAACUGGGCAGCCCCAUGGGGAGAAAACGUCGGAUCUGCCCUCAGUCUUCCUGGACACCAGUAUUGCAGAAGUCCACUCCUCUUUACGCUGCCUGCAUCACAUCCUUGCCACCAGCUUGCCAGGACGGUGAAAAGUCUUUGAAUCAGAGAGAAGAAAGACAAUGCUGGCUGUUGACAGAGGACACUGAGGGUUCUGACUGCGGAAUCACAAAUGUCCCUUCUCUGGUACUUUGUAAUAACGCCUGCGGGGGACGUUGGAUGCUCUCGACUCCUUUCUGUAGUGGAAACCUAUAUGGCACCCCUGUAAACUCUCCAGGCUCCUACAGGUGCUUCCGGAACCACCAUUGCAAUAUCACACUGUCACAACCAAGUCACGGGACAGAAAAGGAUUUCUGAGGAACAUGUCUCCUUCUUUGUCUCUUGCAAGGGGAAGUUUCACUCUAUGCAUAAGACCGCUUGAGAGAUGUAUUUUAAGAAGUGCACUACGUACAUAGGAAGUUAAUAGAAAGUUUGCUCUGUCUGUAUGCAAAGGCAUCUUCAGCUCUUGUAGUUUACUUACAUAUGCACAUAUAUUUUUUAAAUACAGCUCCCCUGAGUAACAGCUGCUUGUUCUAUUUUGUGAAGGGAUUAUAUUUUUGGAGAAAGGAAAUGCUCGACUAGAUAUAUUUUGUGAACUGUUGAUGAAGUGUAUAGAAGGCACCAGUACUGCUGGGGCUGGGUCUAAUGGUAGAAUGAAUACUUGCAUAGCACACUCAGGCUGCUGCGCCCAGCUCCAGUACCAUGGAAAGGAAAAACACACCACUGGCUAGUGUGAUUUCCCGUGUUACUUACCAUUGUCUCUUUAUUCUCUUUGUUCCUAUUCAGACCAGUUCCCAGCCUCAGACAUUUCAGAGUAACACAGACAGGCAUUCUUGCCUGAUGUAUGAGUACAAGUGAGAUUUCAGAGCAGCAUAAACAAGAAAGGAGCUGUCUAGAGAGUAGUCCUGAACCCUUCUUAAGAAGCAAAGUCCCUGCUCUUUGCGUGGACACUGGUGAACACUGAACAGUCCUCAAACACAGGGCUAGCCUUGACUAGGAUAAACUCGGGGCUGUCUGGACUCUCCACCUCCCCUAGCAGCAUGCCGCAGGACCUUCCACUCUGAUUCUGAGAAGGGAAUGUUUGAGAAAUUGACAGAGCAAACUAGCAGCCCUCUCUGCCUCCCCCACCACGAGCUUUGAUAAAUGUUGACUGUUCUGUGACAUUUUU